CUGGUGGCCGGCUGUGAGCAAUGCACACCAACCAGCUGAUCAAAUACACCUUGUUCGCCUUCUGUUACCUUUUCUGGGUGGCCAGCGGACUGAUGGUGGCCGUGGGGAUCUACGCCAGGCUGUCUAAAGAAGCUGGGGCGAUGGGCUCCCUGCUCUCCGACCCCUCCGUGGUCCUCUUCGCCGUGGGAGCGCUGACCUUCGGCACUACUUUUCUGGGUUGCCUGGGGGCGCUGAGGGACCUCACCCUCCUGCUAAAAAUGUUUGCCUGGGUCUUGUUCCUCAUCUUCGUUUUGCAAAUUGUGGCCGCGAUUCUGGGUUUCUUCUUCUCCGGCAUGGUGAUGGAAAAAGUAUCCGACCUGAUGGGGCAGGCCAUCUCCCGCUAUCGCGACAAUCUUGACUUGCAAAACCUGAUCGACUACAUCCAGAAGAAGUUUGAAUGCUGUAUGGUCCACUCGUACAGAGACUGGUCCCAGAACGUGUACUUCAACUGCCAAGAUGGGAACCCCAGCCUCGAGCGCUGCGCUGUGCCGUUCUCUUGUUGCCUGCGGGACAAAGAGGCUAUUCUAAACACAAUGUGUGGCUACGGGACGCAGAAUCUGAACUCCUGGCAGGCGGAGAGCCUGGUGUACACAGAGGGGUGCUUGGAGAAGAUGGCUCACUGGGGUCGAAGCAACCUGCUGCUGGUGGCUGGCUUGGCCUGUGGGCUUCUGAUCCUGGAAGUAGUCGUCUUCUCCUUGGCAGUGAUGCUGAUCUACCAGAUUGAUUUCAUCAUCCGAAAGCGGAGGAGCAUGAAGCGCAGGACGCCGACCUGCCCAGAGAAGAGAUGAAAGAUGGGGGGCAAUGGGGAAGAAGCUGUGGGGAGAGCCGGAGACCCAGGCCCUGGGGCUGGCCCUCCGUGCAUUGAGGGGAAGUGUUUGCCUCUUCAAGUAGGACCUGUCCUCCACAGUGUGUGUGUCUGUGCAUGUCUUUGGCACCAAGUCCCGAGUGCGAGUCUUUGCUCCGGAGCCCCAAAUGUGAGUUCUUAUAUUAAAAAAAACACAAGCCCCCAGGAAAAAAAAAUGUGGCCUCUGAGUUGCAAGUCGAGGCCCCCAGUGUCGCUUGGACAGCAAAGUCCCUCGACUUGAGGCCCCCUUCCCUGCAGACUACUACAAAGCCCAGCAUGUUUGCCCGCUCCUGGGUCCAGCAGUGAGCAAGGGGGCGGAAGAUAUU